CAAACCCAUGCAUUGAAAAUGUUGCAGAGGACAGUUUGUUGUCUGUUCAUAUGUGAUUGAUUUGUGUGUUUUGUGUGUGUGAUUGUCUGGUGACAGUCUCACCCGGGCACUAAUGUGACUGUCCUAGACAUGUUUGACCGCAGCGCCAGCUUGCAGCCGCUCUGGAAGCAGGUGGAGGGCUUUACAGAAGCCAUAUAUCCCAUCAUGCAGAACGCAGCCGAUGGUGUCCACCUCAUCUGCUACUCACAAGGUGGCCUGGUGUGUCGAGGAAUCCUGUCCACUCUUCCAGACCACAAUGUGCACUCUUUCAUAUCUCUGUCUUCUCCGCAGGCGGGGCAGUAUGGAGACACAGAAUAUCUGAAGUACCUCUUCCCUCAGUUUGUCAAAUCCAACUUGUAUCAUGUGUGCUAUACUGCAGUGGGCCAGAAAAUAUCAAUCUGUAAUUACUGGAACGACCCUCAUCACAGAGACAUGUACAUCAACAGCAGUGACUAUCUGGCCUUACUGGACAAUGAAAAAGCAAAUCCCAAUUCUACUGCUUGGAAACAAAACUUCUUGCGCAUUAAGAAGCUGGUGCUGAUUGGUGGUGCUGAUGAUGGAGUCAUCACACCAUGGCAGUCAAGUCAGUUUGGUUUCUAUGAUGAGAAUGAAACAGUCGUUGAGAUGAAAAACCAGAAAAUUGAGAAAUGUCCGAUGCUGUCUCGUGGCCAGACAAACUUGCUUGGAGGUGUGCUGAAAUGCAUCUGUGGUUUUCACACUCCAAAGCCAACUGCCAGCCCUACUGGACCAGCACAAAGGGUGGUGGAACAACCUGCUGCUGCUGCUGGAACAGCAAAGAAGGCCAUGGAGCAGAGUCAGCCGGACCCCCAGCCCCAGCCUACUGCUCCUGUGGCAGCAAGAGUUGCAGCACAAUUGUCAAUG